UUCGGACCGCCAUUAUAUCAUAGAAGAAGUUGCUCAAUCUGUCAGCCAAAUAGUGUAGGUAGAGCGCUAUCAAACUGGUAACUAUAGAAUUUGUCUUUAUUCAACAUCGACAAGACGUGGAAUCAAUUUGAUGCUCCGGAGUCCACAAUGACCGCAGGUCCAGAACACCGCUCCGUGUUUGAGUACUGUCUUCAAGACUCUGCUCUACAGGAGGUCAGAGAAGUUACCAGUGUUCAUGAGCCUCCUGAACACAGUCAUGGAGUGACUGUGUGCCCCAAGGAGGAUCUCCAGGAUGAUAAACAGCCAGAGAGCAGCCUGGGUAGAGAUGUGUCUGACAGGAUGGUGUGCUCGGCCUGCCAGUGCCCCUUCGACACCCGGGAGGAGCAGAUGGAGCACUACAAGCUUGACUGGCACCGUUUCAACCUGAGGCAGAGACCAUCUGGUAAAACCCCAGCCACAGUGGAGGAGUUUGAGAGGAAGACCGGUGGAGGAGACAUGUCUAGCAUCUCAGGUUCUGACUCGGAGGACGAGGAACCAGACAGUGACUGGGCUGUGGAGAACACAGAGGCUGCUCCUCUACAGAAGGACCACGGUGUUCUAGAAGCGGAAUCCUUCCGUCGCCUCUCCAACCGGGUCGUGUUCCAGAACUCUCAGGGGCAGUACCUGGCUGUCUACCGCUGUGUUCUGCAGAGCAAGUCUGCCAUAGAGGAAGACCUGGUGGCCUCUCUACAAAGUCUCAGUAACAAGACUACGUGGGUCAUUCUGAUGGCAGGUGGUGGACACUUCGCUGGAGCCGUGUUUCAAGGGAGAGAGGUGUUGCAGCACAAGACGUUCCAUCGGUACACUGUAAGGGCCAAACGGGGGACAGCCCAGGGUCUGAGAGAUGCUAAGAACAGCAGUCAUGCUCCUAAAUCAGCCGGAGCUGCCCUGAGGCGAUACAACGAAUCUGCGCUCGUCAAGGAGAUCCAGGACUUACUGGAGAGCUGGUCUGACCACCUGACUGACGCCAGUGCCAUCUUCCUGCGGGCGCCCAGCCAUAAUAAAACCCUGUUCUUGGGGGGUAAAGCGGCUCCGCUGGUCAAGAAGGACCCUCGGAUCAGAACACUGCCCUUCCCCACACGCAGAGCCACCUUCAGAGAGAUAAAGAGAGUACACGAUGUCCUCUCCACGCUAAAUAUAUAUGGUAAAGACACUGACAUCUCCGACAUCCUGAGUCCCUCUAACAAAGUGUGGAAGAAGGCACGUACACCUGUGGCUCAGCCAGAACCUUCCUUAGGAGACAACAGCACCCCUAGGAGACAACAGCACCCUCUAGUGGAGGAGGAGGAGAGUUCAGGAGAGGAGCUGGAGACGGUGGAGGUGACUCUGGGAACUCUGGACCUCCGGGAGCAUGAGAUCUACCCUGCCAGGAGGAAGAAGAGGAGACGACAGGACAGAGGACAGAGGUGA